GACCUCGCAGAGACCAACAGUAUAUUUUAGAUUCGGUGUUAUUUUCCCCGUUUCUUCUGUUUGUAGCUGCAGCACAGUGUGACGCUAUGAGUGAGUCACCGCAUCACAGUGUUAAUGGCGCCUCCCCUGUACAUGAGAGGUCACGUGAUCCAUCCUUCUCCCGCUCCAGGUCCAGGUCAGGGGAGAGGCGGGAGAGUGGCUACAAGAGCACAUCCCGCCGUUCUGAAUCUCCGAGGUAUUAUCAAGAGGACCGUCCGCGAUAUAAGUCCUCCUCCUCUAACACCCGCAGGAGGUACUCGCGCUCCCCCUCCUACUCCAGGGGGCACCGCAGUAACAGACACAUGGGAAGCCGUGACGACCCAAACCCUAGCAGCUGUCUGGGGGUGUUUGGCCUGAGUCUGUACACCACGGAGAGAGAGCUGCACCACCUGUUCAGCAAAUAUGGCCCCAUCAACAAGGUGCAAGUGGUGCUGGAUGCCAAGACAGGCCGAUCACGGGGGUUUGCGUUCAUCUACUACGAGGCAAUGGAGGACGCCACGGAGGCCAAGCAGCAGUGCACUGGCAUGGAGAUUGACGGCCGCCGCAUCAGGGUUGACUAUUCCAUCACCGCCCGGCCACACACGCCCACUCCCGGCAUAUAUAUGGGCAGGCCUACUUACUCAAACUACGGCCGACGAGGUGGUGGUGGUGGCGGUGGUCGGUACGGUGGUGGCGGUGGCGGUGGUGGUGGUGGUGGUGGUGGUGGUGGUGGAGGAGGAGGUGGUGGUGGUGGUGGUUACGGGGGGCGGCGAAGGUCAGGUUCCCCCUACCACAGAGGACCCCCGUGCAGGUCAUACAGGUCAAGGUCACGCUCCUGCUCCCCUCGUCGAUUCCGAAGGUUUUAGUUGGUGGCAGUAAUAGCAGUAAUAGUAGUAGUAGUAGUAGUAAUAGUAGUAGUAGUAGUAGACACAUAAGUAGAAGCAUUGUUAGGUUCUUGUAAACAUUUGGAAGUAAACCAGGAAUAGAAAGUAAGGAAAUGAUGUUUAAAUUCACGAGAAAAUGUUGAAAAGAUGCGUAUUUUUAAGGAUUGUAGUUUGUGUGAAUAGGUGUGUGUGUGUGUGUGUGUGUGUGUGUGUGUGUGUGUGUGUGUGUGUGUGUAUUUUUUCAUAUUCUGUGUAUUUUUUAAUUUAUAAUCAAAUAACAUUAUUAUUAUUAUUAUUAUUAUUAUUAUUAUUAUUAUUAUUAUUAUUAUUAUUAUUAUUAUUAUUACUACUAGAGGGGGGUAAGACCAGAGGGGUGUAGUUUGGGGGGGGUAUCUUUAGGAUUUUGUAGUCAAGCAGUACACCUUUCCUGGUUUGUGUCGAUGUGCUGAUGAUGAUGAUGAUGCUGAUGAUGAUGGUGAUGGUGAUGGUGAUGGUGGUGGUAGUGCAAUGGGAGACUAAAACAAAAGAAGUCAUGGUUUUAUUAUUAUUAUUAUUAUUAUUAUUAUUAUUAUUAUUAUUAUUAUUAUUAUUAUUAUUGUUAUUAUUAUUGUUGUUAUUAAGGUACGCAGUGUUGACUUAUGCAACUUGGAAAAUGUUUUGUAUUUCGAAAUAUGCAAGUUUGAAUCUAUUUUUGUUCUGAAUUUAACUAUUUUUCUUUUUUUUUUUUCUUCUUCCUAGAUUCAUUUGUUUAUUUUUUGUUUUGGUUCAUUUUUAUAUUUUCUCUUAUUUGUUUUUCUUUUUCUUUUCGUUUUCUUCUACGUUUCUCAUUUUCUGAUUUUUUUAUUUUUUAUUUUAUUUUUUUUCCUUUCUCAAAUACUUCUUAUAUUUAUCUCUGUUACUUCCAUUUAUCUGUUGUUUCCUUCCCUGUGACUUGUUUAUCUCACAUUUCUCCCAUUUAUUUAUCUUUAUCACUCCUUCCUUUUAUUCCUUAUUCUUCUUUUUCUUCAUUUUCAUCUCCAUCUUCAUCUUAUUCUUCUCCUUGUUAUUAUUAUCAUUUCAUCUCUUUUUUUAAGGUAUUAUUCAAACCUAUAAUCAAAUUUUUGUAUAUACUCUUAUAUAUAUUUGUGAUAUAUUUUGUGUGUCAAUAUAUAUAUAUGCAUACUUUUGCUAUUUGAUGUUGGGUUACUUAUUCUGUAAUUAUUUAUCUAUUAUUAUUAUCAUCAUCAUCAUUAUUUUUUUAUUUUAUUUUUCUGUCUUUUUUUUUUUUUUGAGGACCUUAUUUGAUGUUAUUAUUUAUUUAUUUUUAUUUAUUUAUUUAUUUAUUUUAUUUUUUUGGGGUGUUUGUUUUCAUUAGUGAAUGCUCAGGCCUCCUCCUCCUCUUCUUCAUUCUCUUUCUUAGCAACAUCUUCAGUCAUUUCAUUGUGUUUCUCCUUUUUCUUCUGUUUCUUCCUUGUUUUUCUUGUUCUUGUUCUUUUUCUACAGUUUCUCCAUUAUUCUUGUUCUUUUGUAGUUCCUUGUUCUUGUUCUUCCUGUUCUUGUUCUUCAUCUUGUUCUGCAGUUUCUUGUUCUCGCUUUUCAUUCUUUCUGUCUUAACUAAACCGUAAUUAGUUUUCUCAUUCCUUUACAAAAACCUAUAUCAUUCUUUCUGUCUCAACAAAACCCAAACAACCUUCAAUAAUUCUUUUUAAAACACCAAUUCUUUAUUUCUUUCACCCACAACAAACCCACAACACCUUCCUCCAGUCCUUUUCAAUCCUCUUUGGUCCUUUUCCCCCCUAUCCUAUUACUCCCCACCAGGACCUGCUAACCUUUGACCCCUUUUCAACCCUCUAUACUUCCCCUGAUCCCCUACACUGGGCUAAGAUGUGUCCCCAUUUCUCUGUAUGUCCUUAGAGAGAGGUGGAGUUUGGGCAGUGAUGAGUGGGGGCUGUCCUUUAAAUAUUUUGGUUUUACUGGAACUAUGCUUUGAAAGGCCGAUAUUUGUGGUUUAUCUAAAUUUUCGUCGUCUUUUUUUUACGUAUUGGUGCUGUGGAAGGCUUGUUAACUUGUACCUUGGUUCCUUCACUGCAAAGAUAUUUUUGCUUAAUUCAUAUCUACACACAAAAAAUACUGUCUGACACCUCUCUCUUAAUUACAGACUAAGGUAUUUUUGUUUAACUGAUAUCUACACCAAAAAUGCUAACACUUCUCUCCCUUAAUCACAAAACUAAGGUAUUUUUGUUUAACUCAUAUCUACAUGAAAGAAAACACACAUCUCUCUCUCUCUUAAUCACAAACUAAGGUAUUUUUGUUCACCAGCCACAUCUCUACAUCACACAGGCUGGACGAAGGAAGAUCUAUCAUUUUAAACCCUCCUUUUUUGCGUAGUGCCAUUAGAGAUGUGAAUAGUCCCUUCUUUUAGUUACAAUACUUAGAAAACACUCAUAACACAAUUCUCAAGUCAAAAAAAUUACAAAACCACAGUAAACUCAUUUAAAACUCCCACAAUUCCUAUUUCACAAGAGCCGAGCAGUUUACGUGAGACCAGAACAUUUAAAGACCACAGCCCAGUUAGCAUGUGGUAGACAAGGCAGUAUAUUUGUGGUAUUUCUUGUGUGUGGCCCCGGUUGAGUGCACCAGGACCGAGGGUAGCCUAGAGGAGCCUAUAGAGGGCCCAAGGGAGGCUCAGUCUGGCAUGUGGCGUGUGGCGCAUCAAUAAACAGACUUUUAAUCUUA